AUGUCUGUAGACGUUCUUAGCGUCAGAAAAAGACAAGAGGGUUUCCAGUUCGUGAACGAGCACGACUCCGACGGUGACAGCGAUGUUGAGAUGAGCAAUGGCGAAAACGCUGAAUCCACUCAGGAAGCCAAAGACGGUACGAUAGUCACGCCAGGUGAGCUGGUGACCGAUGAUCCCGUCUGGAUGCGUGGCCACGGCACUUAUUUUUUGGAAAAUCAAACAUAUGCCUCUGUUGCGGGAACCGUUUCGAGGGUCAACAGACUGCUGUCAGUACUCCCGCUUCGAGGGCGCUACGCUCCGGAAACAGGCGACCACGUAAUAGGACGAAUCGCCGAAGUAGGGAAUAGAAGAUGGAAAGUGGAUAUAGGUGCCAAGCAACACGCGGUACUGAUGCUAGGGUCUGUUAAUCUGCCAGGUGGUGUUUUGAGGAGAAAGUCGGAAUCGGACGAGCUUCAGAUGCGCAGUUUUCUGAAAGAGGGAGACCUGUUGAAUGCAGAGGUUCAGUCGCUAUUUCAGGACGGAAGCGCGUCGCUGCAUACCAGAUCUUUGAAAUACGGUAAGCUCAGAAAUGGUGUAUUUUUACAUGUUCCCAGUCCAUUGGUUGUGCGGUCUAAGAACCACACUCACAACCUUCCUGGGAAUGUGACUAUCAUCUUGGGGGUCAAUGGCUUUAUUUGGCUGCGUAAAACUUCUGAGAUAGACGCCGCCAGUGGCUCUUCGACAGUUAUCGGGAAGAAUGCCGCGGCAAUCUCCGGCUCAAAAGGUGAAUACAAGCCUGGUACCAGUUCGGUUAGCAUAACAAGACUUGAAGAAGAGUCUUCAUGGGAAAUUUACUCGGACAAAAACGAUCACAUCCCAGAGACUACAAAAAAUACUAUCACUCGAUAUGCGAAUGUCAUAAAGGCUUUGGCGCACUGCGAGAUCGGUAUUACGGAAGCCCGAGUAGUAGCUGCGUAUGAAGUAAGUAUGGCAUAUGGCCAUAUCGGCUCGCUCAUAGACAAAGACAACAUGGAAUCGAUAGGGCAGGACGUCAUAAAUGCCGAGAAAAUGAGAGGAAACGCAUAG